AUGACUAGACCAGUACUCAUUAGCAUCAUCAGCACAUUCACCACACACACAGCUUAUGCCGACAGCCAUCUUACAGGAGCUGUUGAUGACUUAUGCACUAUUUCCAAAAAAUGCAUUAAGCUUAAAUUUCAAUCCAAUCACACCAAGUUUGGAAAAGAGUUAGAAUUCCUUAUUGUCCCAAAAAUCACUAACCUCGUACCAGAUGAAAUUUUCCCUCAUGAGUUAUAUCACAUUCCAAAAAAUAUACAACUAGCAGAUCCUAAAUUUCACAUACCUCAAGCAGUUGACAUAUUAUUGUCCUCAGGCACUACCCUAGCAAAAACUAGUUUAGGUUGGAUAGUGGCAGGAGGCUCAGACAACAUAUCAACCUCAAGAAAGGCGUCUUGUAAUGUAGUAAAAUUAGAUACCAUGAUAGAAAGAUUCUGGCUAGUCGAAGAGAUAGACACCGAACCCUCAAAAUCUCGCGAUGAGAUAGCUUGUGAAAAACAUUUUGUCAAUAAUACUCAUAGAGACCCUACAGGUCGAUACAUCGUAAAUCCCAAUUUUAAAGUAGAGUAUGAAAAGGUGAUGCAAGAAUAUAUUGACCUUAAUCAUAUUUCACUAGCUAACGACACUGUAAGAGGUUAUUAUCUUCCUCAUCAUGCCAUAAUAAAACCAUCUAGCGAGACCACCAAGCUUAGAGUAGUUUUUGAUGCUUUGGCAAAGACUUCCACAGGAAUUUCACUUAAUGAAGUUUUAAUAGUAGGUCCCACCAUCCAGGACAAAAUAUUUGAACAAGUAAUUAAAUUCCGAGCCCACAAAUGCGUCAUUACAGCCGACAUAGCCCGAAUGUAUAGGCAGAUUAUCGUACAUCCCGAUGAUCGAAAAUAUCUGCGUGUACUAUGGUACCAUAACUACCAAAUCAGAACCUAUGAACUUAAUACCGUAACAUUUGGCGUUUCAUCAGCCCCAUUUUUAGCCAUACGCACGAUUCAGCAGCUCGCCAACGACGAAGCAUCAAAUUCACCACGAGCUAGUAAAAUACUUCUCAGAGAUUUGUAUGUGGAUGAUCUCAUUACUGGAGCUGACACUCUCGGUGAGAUUAUUCAGAUACGUGAUGACGUGAUUGAGCUGUUGAGUCGAGGCGGAUUUACCAUACGACAAUGGGCCUCUAAUCACGAAGCUGCUCUUAACAACAUUGAUAAGAAAUUCUUUGAUUUAGACUGUUUGAUAAGGAAAAUCCUGUUUAAAAAACGCUGGGAAUCAUUUGGAAUUCUCAACAUGACAAACUUCAAUACAAGGUUCAAGUCCGAGUUGGUUGUCCCAAGCAGAGAACACCUGGCCACCCAGUGUGGAGAUAUCAAGUCGAGAAGACUCUGGGUUCAAACAACGAUUCUGCCUUCUAACCACAAACUCAGUGUCUGA